AUGUUGCCGCGGCCUUGCUCGCUGGAAUUGCUGCAGGAGUCUUCCGGCUUGCAGAACGAAAUCUUGCAGCUCCGUGCACAGCUUGACGAUGCACACGGCCAACUCAAACAGAGGGAGCGACAGCUCGCAGACCUUUCCAACGUCUUGGCUGACAUGGAAGCCCGAGAAGUGGCGCGUCGAGACCAGACGCAGACUGUGCGAACGAAGGCGACUGAAGCCGUGCGGGCGGCCGAGCGCGAGAUGCAGAACGCGCGCAAGCGGGCGGAGCAGGCGGAGGUCAAUGAACGGCGGCUGAAGCAAGAAGCGCGGGAUAUGGAGCAAGAGCUCCACAAGGCUCAGUACCGAAGUAGAUACGAAAAGAUCGAAGACAUCGCAGAGGCUUGGAGGGAGCGAAUCAGAAAAGCCGAGUCGAAGGCGCAGGAAGCGGAGAAAGAUGCGAAAGACGCCGCGGCUGCCAGUUCCGCAGAACUCGCAAAGUUGAAGGCUCGGAUGCGGGUGCAAGCUGCGGGCAGCGAAGAGACCCGCGGCGAGUUGGAGGCCUACAAAGCAAGGGCCGAAGACGAGAUGAGCCGGCUCGGAGAGCGCAUCCGGGCCGCCGCGGACGGCGAGAUGCAGCUGCGGCAUGAGCUUCAGCAGAGCGAGCAUUGCCGGCAAGAGUUGCAGGAGCGGGUCGUCGAGCUUUCAGGCCAGCUGGAGCAUGCCCAGCAAGCGUACAGCUGCUUGAUUGGAACGGUGGGUGCAAUGUCCCUACGGCUAAACGAGCUCGAGUUCAGCCAGAGGGAUGACAGCCACUCGGAGGCUUUUUUCACACUUUUUCCCUUCUCCGUGGGAGUGGCCAUCGAGUGCCACUCUUUCCAGGAUGUGCUUCGCCACGAGCUCUCCUCAGUGAAGGAACGCCUCUCCGAGUCCGUGCACAUGGAUGAGGGACCAUGCUCUCAAACAGGCAGAGGAGGCGAGAGCCAAGCUGCAGUCGAUGGAGGAGGUCAGGCUUUCUGGCAGUUUGUGGAGGUGCUAUCGGAAUCUCCUGAUGCAGAGGCCGCUGAUCGAAGCCAGGAAACAGAGGCCGCAACGCAGAAGGCACAACAAGAGGUGCGCGGCAGGCAGCAGCAGCUGCAGAAGUUUGUUGAGCAGCACAAGACAGAGCUGCAAGAACAGGCAGAGAUUUCCCGCGAAGAGAUCGAUUAUUUGAAACGCAAAAAUGACGAGAAGGACAAGCGACUCGAGAUUCUGACGUGUGAGCGGAAUGCCUUGCGCUACGAAAGCACAGAGGCUUCCAGCCGGCAGAAGGGACGUGUUGCUCCAAAGAGCGAUGCCCCUGACAAGCAGCUGGUCGAUCUCGAAGAUGGGCUGUCCUUGAAGGAGGUUCUUUCGAAGGAGCCAGGUGCUGGUGGAGCUGUAAAGGCAUUUUUUGCUGAUGGCGAUGUUGUUCUCAAGCGCUUCAGCAAGCUGCUGUUUGCAAGUCCGACCACCAGACGAAUAUUUUAUGGCUACGUGCUGUUGCUUCACAUCUGGAUCUGGGUAGUGUUGCACAGGGCUGCCGCGGUUCACUCUGCCCACACCAUCGCGAAACCAAUCCCUCCCAAUCCGUCUUAA